AGCAUACCAGAGGUGUUAUCGCAAACUACAGAUGUCACACAUCUCCCCUGACAUUUCAGCAUCUAUCGUAUCAACUUGUCAGACGGUCUCACUCUCGCGCUAUUUAUGAGGGGCUCUCCCUGUGGGUGUCUCACAGGUCUGAUGCUGCAGCUGCUGCUUCCUGUAUUGAAGCACCACCAGCCACAGAAGCGAAGCCCUCUUCGCUUCACAGCCCCACACCCCGAACUGAAACACGGAGGAAUUUGUUGCUCGCUCGUGUUGUCCUGCGGAGGGAAGCCAGCCGAAUCGUCUCCCCGUGUGGCUGCCGGUAAAACUGUGGCGGCCCUUUAUCUUAUGAAAGCUGAGAAACGAGUGGCUGCACAUUAGGACUCAGACACGCAGGGCACGAUUUUUCCAGGAGCUGUUGCUAGCUAGGAGCAGCUAGGCGGCUAGUGGCUAGAAGCAGCAGGUAGAUAACCCAGAAGAAGCUGAAAAAUAGAAAUGCGUUUACUCAGAAAGCUAUAGAUGCACUGGAAAACGACCUGACUUUUAAAGAGCAUCUCGGCAUGGUACUAUUUACCGAAAUAGCGGACUGACAUGCUACCGAAAGUACACUAACUUUGCUAACGUUAGCUAACCAAGUUACUAGCCAUUUAGAGCUGAUCCUGUUGCAUUUUCGGACUUGGGUUUCGAGCAAGUGAAAGGCUAGAUUAGCACCUUCCUGGUUCACUGCAGGUUAUUGCAUUAUUUGAGAAAGUCGUUUAGGGUAGUUAUUGAAAUGGCUCCCAAAAGAAGACCGGUUCCCCUGAACAUAACGCCCAUUGGGGAAGGACAGGCCACCUCCAACACCAUUGAUGCUGCAUCUGAAGCCAACCUCGAGGCCUUACAGAAGAAACUGGGUGAAUUAGAUCUGGAUGAACAACAGAGGAAACGACUGGAAGCCUUUCUUACCCAGAAAGCACAGGUUGGGGAGCUGAAGGAUGAGGAUUUUGACCCCAUAUGUGAGUUGGGUGCUGGAAACGGAGGCGUGGUCAACAAGGUCCGCCACAAACCCUCUGGUUUGGUCAUGGCUCGGAAGCUGAUCCACCUUGAAAUCAAGCCUGCCAUCAGAAACCAGAUUAUCAGAGAGCUGCAGGUGCUGCAUGAAUGCAACUCCCCCUACAUUGUUGGCUUCUAUGGGGCCUUUUACAGCGAUGGGGAGAUCAGCAUCUGUAUGGAGCACAUGGAUGGUGGAUCCUUGGACCAGGUCCUGAAGGAAGCCGGAAGAAUCCCAGAAGAAAUUCUGGGAAAAGUUAGCAUAGCUGUAUUGAGGGGAUUAGCUUACCUGCGGGAGAAGCACCAGAUCAUGCACAGAGAUGUCAAGCCCUCCAACAUCCUGGUCAACUCUCGCGGGGAAAUCAAGCUGUGCGACUUUGGUGUGAGUGGCCAGCUCAUAGAUUCCAUGGCCAACUCCUUUGUUGGAACGCGCUCCUACAUGUCGCCGGAGAGACUGCAGGGCACUCACUACUCAGUUCAGUCUGACGUGUGGAGCAUGGGUCUGUCCCUGGUGGAGCUGGCGAUUGGCCGCUACCCCAUCCCCCCACCGGACACCAAAGAGUUAGAAGCCAUCUUCGGGCGGGCUGUUAUGGAUGGGGCCGAGGGAGAGCCUCACACCAACACGCAGAGGCCCAGACCACCAGGCAGGCCCGUGAGCGGUCAUGGGAUGGAUAGUAGACCUGCCAUGGCCAUCUUUGAACUUUUGGACUACAUUGUGAAUGAGCCACCCCCUAAACUGCCACUUGGGGUCUUCACCAAUGACUUCCAGGACUUUGUGACAAAAUGUUUGAUCAAAAACCCAGCUGAGAGAGCAGAUCUAAAGAUGUUGAUGAGUCACACGUUCAUCAAACGAUCAGAAGUGGAGGAAGUGGACUUUGCCGGCUGGUUGUGCAAAACGAUGGGCCUCAACCAGCCCAGUACUCCCACCCGUGGCACUGAGUGAAUAGCCCCCUACUGCCCUGGCAUACCUCUGGGUCUUGCUUGCAUACACAUAAAUAUACUGCACUUACACACACACACCAGAGAUCACAUACAUUGGCACUUUUUUCAUCUUGCUCUUGGGUAAAAACCUUUUGGCCUCCCCCUUCAUUUAUUUCUUCACCAGCAGCAGGGCCGUUUGAGUCAUUGUAUUGUAAGGCCACAGCUUCACCAUGCCAGUGUCAAGAGUAGCCACAGUUCACUUUUCCACAAUGCUACAGAGGAUGUAAAACACUGAAGGGCUGCCAGAGUGUCAGCUAAAUUUGCAUUGUUUGACAAAACUUCUUUUUGUAUUGUUGAAUAUUCUGUAUUAAUCUUUUCUAAGGCAACAGUUAAUGGCUUGUGGGACUGUAUUUUAAUAAAGUAACCUGUAACCUUCCAAACAGAGAGAAAUCCAAACCUAUAACCUACUUGCAAAUUCUUAAUUGCUUUUAUUGAAGGUGAAUGCAAAUGUUUUGAUUUAAAAAUCCCCUUGUCAAACUUAAUCAUGCUAAAACAUUAUCUUCAGAAACCUUGCAGUUACCUCCAAUAUUAUAAUCAAAUUUGUGAGUAGAGAGCUGAGGACAAAUGUGCAUAGUACAGUCAUUUUCACUUUUUGGUAAAUGAACGAUCACUCUAAAGAUCAUUUUGUGAACAGAGUCACAAACCAAAGAGAGUACUCAUGACUACUAAAGUUUUCCAAUGCCCGAGUGUUUUUAUUUUGUUGUAUGCAUAUCCAUGCAACAGUUUAUCAUUGUACUUUGGGUGCUUUGAUUUAUUUCAUUCAGUGAUCUACACUGUGCUGACACUGUUUCCUCAACAUGCAUUUCAGUUCAUAUCCCACACCGUCUCUCUCACACACAUGGGAGGAGGCAUAUGCCAGAAUGCCGUUGUUGACAUUGAGAAAACAAUGAUCAAAAUGUAUUCAUGGGAUGAUAUAGCAUGGUUUAUUAUCUUUCUAAUACUGUAUGUGUAUUUUAUUUCCCAAGAUCAUGAUGAGGAUGAUUAGCUGGUGUUUUUUUUUUUUUUUUUAUCAAAAGCCUGAAUCUCUGCAAUGUGUAUUUCAAUCAUGUUGAUUAAUUUGACUUUUUUUUUCCUCUUUGUUGUUGGUCUGUACUUUCCCCGACGUGUUUUUGAUUAUGUUUUCACUGUACUGCUACGUGUGGCGUUCCAAGCUUUCUCUUGGGAAACAACCAGCCUUGAGGUGUGCUUUUUGAAAAUACUUGGGUUGAAAUACAACAUGUUUCCUUCAAUUUUAACACAGUCAGCUGUGGUAAAAGUAUGAAGUAGUACGAAAGGAUUGACUGAACAUUUUAACCCAGGUCAGUGUUGGUCACAUGGUGGUGGUGUUACUUGCUAGCCUGCCGUCUUGCUAGAGCUCUUGUAUUCUCUCUGCUUAUGGCUGCCCUUUCUUAUUCCCCCCAAAAUGUGCAUUCGUUCAGAGCAAAAUGAAUGCAUUGUCACUUGUAUGUGUACAAAGCUAUAUACAAAAAUGACAGGAGUACUAUUUUGCAGUCUUAAUAUACAAAUUUUUGAUUUAUGUAAAAGACAAGGGAGAAGAGUCAUUUUAUUAUAAUAUAAAAAAAAAUGUGUUGGAUAUGGUUAUAAUGUGUAAAAAGAUUAAAAUAAAACUUAUUUGUGAAUGUA